AAAAAAAUCCACUAAAAGUGUCACAAUUUGAAAUAUACUUGACACUACUCUCUUGUCCCAACAAAAAGUUAGUAAAUGGCUUCUUGGUUUGAACAAGCUCCUCCAAGAAAUUACAAGAAGAAUAGAGUAAAUAAGCCAAAAAGUUUUGAUGAAUCCAUCUUCAUACCAAAAAAUUCACCAACUUCUUUUGCAACUAAUUAUGGUUACUAUUCCUACACAUACACCCAAGACAAGAAACUUCAUCCUGUUUUUCCUUUGCCUUUGCCAUUAGAUUCACCUAAUUUCUCUACAAGAUCAAGUAGUGGAUCAUCCCCUACCUCAUCUCAGUUCAAUGAUGAUGAAGAACAAGGGAUUAGUCCACUAUUUAGUCCAUUCAGAAACAAAUGCAAUGAUUGGUCAAGAACAUCAAAUGAGAGUUCAAAAUCUAACUCUCCUUGCACUUCACCAACAACAUAUCCAGUGGAAUUGGAUAAGAAAUUGGAUUCUCCUAAUGGGAAACAAGAAGAAUGUAAUCAUCCGCGCCAUCCUCUUCCUCUUCCGCCAAAUUCUUCUACUAAGGGUAGAACAGGGCAAUGGAAGAAAGGGAAAUUGUUAGCAAAAGGGACAUUUGGAAAUGUGUAUGCUGGAUUUAAUAGUGAUAAUGGACAAAUGUGUGCUAUAAAGGAAGUAAGAAUCAUCUUUAAUGACACAACAUCGAAAGAACGUCUAAAGCAGCUAAACCAGGAGAUCACAUUGCUCAGUCAACUCUCACAUCCAAACAUUGUGCAAUACUAUGGAAGUGAAUUGAGAGGAGAUAGAUUGUCACUCUACUUAGAGUAUAUUCCAGGAGGUUCAAUUCUCAAACUACUUCAAGAAUAUGGUCCUUUUGAAGAACAAAUUAUCAGCAGCUACACUCGAAAAAUUCUCUCCGGUUUAGUCUUCUUGCAUGAGAGAAACAUAGCACACAGGGAUAUUAAAGGAGCAAAUAUACUAGUAAAUGCUAAGGGUGAAAUCAAGCUUGCAGACUUUGGAAUGGCUAAACAUAUAAACUCGUGUUGUUUGAUGGAUUCUUUCAAAGGAAGUCCAUAUUGGAUGGCUCCAGAGCAGGUAGUAAAAGAUGCAGGAGGUUCCAGUGUUGCUGUAGAUAUUUGGAGCCUAGGUUGUACUGUUGUUGAGAUGGCAACAGCUAAACCACCAUAUGAAGGAGGUGCUGCAUUAUUAUUCAAACAGGCAGAUGGGAAAGACAGUCCUGAAAUUCCCAGGAACCUCUCAGAUAAUGCAAAGAGUUUUUUGAAACUUUGCCUGCAGAGGAAUCCAAGUCGCCGUUUGACAGCUGUUCAGCUGCUACAUCAUCCAUUUGUUCAGGCUUAGUGGUGACAAGGAGGAAUUAGCCACCACUUUAUCUUGAUGAGAAUCCAUCAUCAACCGGACAAUUUUAUGGCUGUAGAUAUU